ACUCGAGUCAUCCGGCACCAUUCAUCCCCUCAGGAUCAGCGUUUCGCAAAACCGACCGACUCUUGACUCUAACCUUUCCUUCGCAUAGGAAACGCACACGUAGAAGUAUUGAACGAGAAGGAACGUAAUUGGUUUCGAGCUCAUCGAUUGAGGUUCGGACACUACUGCCGACUGGUGCACGACGAUUGACAAAGAUGGCCGAGUCGCCAUCACGACAUCCGCGGAACGCGGGUGUUGCGUACCAAACGCGUUCGGGACGUUCCGUCCAACCACCACUACGCUGGGAAGACGAAUGCGAUCACCACGACAGUCCUCGCGGUACCGUCGUCGGACAAUCGGCAUCGCAGCGCAGUACCGAAACUUGUUGCGGCAGCAAACCCGUGUUUGUUGUCGACGCCGUCCCCAGUCCCACACGCGUCUAUACUCCGCGAUUCGGCGCCACUAUGGACACUUCGUCCUGGAACUCACGACCCUACUUCUCCGUCGAGAGUCUCCCGAGUUCGUCCUCGCUCAAUCAACUUCUCUUCCCGGAGAACCACUGUACACACAAUAGCAACAACAAUUACAACAUCAGCAAGGUCAACACCGAUACGCUUCCGCACACACUCCGGCGGCGGCGCCGCGUCCUCUUUUUGGAAGAAAAGGAAGUCUACGGGCACGACGUGGACGAAUACGACAACGAAUCGUUUCAGGACGCGUACCAGAUGCAGGCUUCUCCACUCCGGCGAUUCGCGAUACGCCCGCGGCAGCGUGUACAAAGGAUUCGAAAGGCGCUGCGGGGACGGCUUCGUCCCCACCGGGCCUCGCACGCCAUCAAAUCCCCCUGGCUCGUGUCCGCCGAUCAUCCCGUCAAGAUUCUAUGGGAUGUCCUCACAGUCGUCCUCUCCUUGGUGAAUGCGUACCUGACGCAUGCGGCGAUCCGGGAUCGGGCCUUUAACGACAAUCUCUUUGUCCGUUUUUGUGAAUGCUGGUUCGUCCUGGAUAUUGUCCUCAACUUUCUGACCGAGCACAAAACCAGCGAUGGUCUCGUCUACAACACGGUACAAGCCGUCUGGGCCCGGUAUUUAACCACUUGGUUCGUCGUCGACGUCCUUAGUCUCUUUCCCGGCGAAGCCUUGUACGUGCGUCCCAUUAUUGAACGGCAAAAUCGCCGAACCUGGUGGCAAAAGUCCUUUUUCCGCACUAAGGCCGUCAUUCGGGUUACUAAGGUUCUGCGCUCCCGCCACGUGCGGUUGUUCGGCAGCGUGGCAAAGCGGACCAAGCACGCCGGUGUCGGCGCCCACCGGUUGCUCCGACUCGUCAUCAAAUACGUACCCAAGUACGUGCUCUUUCUUAAACACAUGCGUGCCGUCAUUGCCCUGCGAGUUCUCCGACAAGUCCACUGGAUGCGCAAAGUGUGGCGCAACGUGACGGCAAUCCAUUCCGUCAAGCCCCUUUUCCCCGACGAUGACGAUACGCUGUCGUUGACGGAAGGAUUCGAUGACCCCGUGUACGAGGACUACAAUGAGGAUGGCGACGACCUGGCAUCCUUAAACGAUCACCGUCAACACAUCAGCCCCUCGAACCGAAACGAUUGGGAGUGGAUGGACGAUGUGGAUGACGAUCCUUUUUGAGCAAUCGCCACCAACCGUAGAUUCUACGUGUAUACAAUUUUUAAACACAGUGUGCACUCU